AUGGCACAGAAGAGGGUUGCAGUUAUUGGAGCUGGCGUUUGUGGACUGAGCUCCAUUAAAUGCUGCUUGGAUGAGGGGCUGGAGCCCACCUGCUUCGAGAGAAGUGGCGACAUUGGAGGGCUCUGGAGAUUUGAGGAGAAUCCCGAAGAGGGCAGGGCCAGCAUCUACAAAUCUCUCAUCAUCAACACCUCCAAGGAGAUAAUGUGCUUCAGUGACUUCCCCAUCCCGGAUGAUUUCCCCAACUACAUGCACAACUCCAAAAUCAUGGAGUAUUUCUGCAUGUACGCCAACUACUUCGACCUUCUGAAAUACAUUCGCUUCAAGACCACGGUGGUCAGUGUGACAAAGCGCCCGGAUUUCUCCACCACAGGCCAGUGGGACGUUGUCACGGAGACUGAGGGGAAGCAGGAGUCAGCCAUCUUCGAUGGGGUCAUGGUUUGCACCGGCCAUCACACCAACGCCCAUCUGCCACUGGACUCCUUCCCAGGGAUUGAAAAGUUUAAAGGCCGCUACUUCCACAGCCGGGAUUACAAGAAGCCCCAGGAGUUCUCGGGGAAGAGAGUCAUUGUGAUCGGCAUUGGCAAUUCGGGAACAGACCUGGCAGUGGAGCUCAGCCACACCGCAGAUCAGGUCUUCCUUAGCACCAGGCGGGGUGCAUGGAUACUUGGUCGGAUUGGAGAAGAAGGGUACCCCAUGGACACAAUUUAUGUCACUCGCUAUAUGGAAUUCCUCAGGCGCAUUGUGCCUCUAUCCUUGCUUAACUACUUUACAGAAAAGAAACUGAAUGCAAAAUUCAACCAUGCAAUCUAUGGCCUGCAGCCUGCACACAGGUUUUCCAGCGUGCACCCAACCGCCAGUGACGAUCUGCCAAACCGCAUAAUCUCUGGCAAGGUGCUUGUGAAACCGAACAUCAAGGAGUUCACCACAACCAGCGCCAUCUUCGAAGAUGGAACCAGAGAGGAGAACCUUGAUGUGGUUAUCUUUGCUACAGGAUACAGCUUCUCUUUCCCCUUCCUCGGGGACUGUGUCAAAGUGGUCGAAAACCAGGUCUCCCUGUAUAAAUUUGUCUUCCCUCCUCAUCUGGAGAAGCCAACUCUGGCUUUCAUUGGCCUCAUCCAACCAUUUGGGCCCCUCAUGCCCAUUGCCGAACUCCAGGGUCGCUGGGCCACACGUGUGUUCAAGGGGCUGAAUGGAUUGCCUUCAGCAAGCGACAUGGUGGCCGAUAUUGCCCAGAAAAGAGAGGAAAUGGCAAAACGGUAUGUGAAAAGUCAGCGCCACACCAUCCAGGUGGAUUACAUCCCAUACAUGGAUGAACUCGCCUGCCUGACAGGGGUCAAGCCCAGCCUGCUGUCUCUCUUCCUCAUGGAUCCAAAGCUCGCCGUGGAGGUUUUCUUUGGCCCCUGCACGCCGUACCAGUACCGCCUGAGAGGGCCAGGGAAGUGGGAUCGAGCCAGGAAAGCCAUCCUGACCCAGGGAGAACGGAUCAUUAAACCUCUGAAAACCAAGGCAGUAGGAGAUUGUACCCACCACACUUCAAUGCCCUAUUUGAUUAAGAUAAUUGGUGCCGUUGCUCUCUUUGCUAUAAUUUUUGCUUACUUUUAA